GCCGAAUUGCCAAGGGCAAACUCGGGGGCGCACCGUGGGAUGCCACGUGAGUCACACUGCACUUCGCAGCCCGCGUAAUGGGAUCGUCGAGUGGCGUUGUCAGAGCCCUUUUUGUUGCUUGGCAGAGACACCGACGAUGCUACCGAUGGCCGAGAUGGUGUCGCCGCAGUCGCCGCCGCGCAAGAUCUCGAACGAAGACUCGUCGAUCCACUACUCGGACGACCUCCAGAAGAGCGAACACUACUCGUACUACCCGGCGGCCGCAUCCAUCGACGAGGCGUCGACGGCGUGGCACUUUCCGUGGGCGCCGCCACCAAUGCUCCCCAACGACGACGACCGCGUCAUGGAGCUCGAGAGCUACGGGAUCCUCGACACGCCCAACGAGCACGUCUUUGACGUUCUUGUGUCGAUGGCCACCAAGGCGCUGCGGUGCCCGAUCGGCGGCGUGAGCCUCAUCGACAAGCACCGCCAGUGGUGCAAGGCCAGCAUCGGCCUCGCGCAGACCGUCAUCCCGCGCAACGUGGCGUUCUGUGCGCACACGAUCGCGUCGACCAAGCCGCUCGUCGUCCUCGACACGUCGCUCGACAAGCGCUUUUAUCAAAACCCGUUGGUCACGGGCCCGGCCAACAUUCAGUUUUACGCUGGGGCCCCGAUCGUCAAUGGCAACGGCACGGUGCUCGGCACGGUGUUUGUCUACGGCCACCGGCCACAGACGUCGUGCGACACCCAAGUGCUCAAGAAGCUCGCGCGCAUGGCAAUGAACCACCUCGACGACCGGAAGCAGUCGAUGCAGCGCGCACGGCCGGCGCGGUCGCGCUCGCAGGCGCAGCCGCGGACAACAUCGGUGCCGCGCCCCACCACAUCGGGCCACCAUCCAGCGAUGAUGAUGGACCGGUCGCCGGCCGACGAGUACGACGCCCGGCGCGAAGCCAUGCGGCUGCUCGACAUCCUCGACACGCCGCCCGAGGUCAUCUUUGACCGGGUUUGCUCGCUCGCGACGCAGCUGCUGCACUGCAGCGUGGCCGGCGUCAGCCUCAUUGACGAUGACAAGCAGUGGUUCAAAGCGCACGUCGGCAACGUCGACCUUGGCCACGUCGCGACGUUUUGCGCGCACACGAUCGCCGCCCGCAAGACAACGGUCGUUGUCGAUACGCUCGAGGACACGCGCUUCCGCAAGAACCCGCUCGUCCGUAGCGGCAGUCGCAUUCGGUUCUUCGCCGCUGUGCCCAUUUACACGCCGGACGAGCACGUGAUCGGGACCGUCUUUGUCAUGGACACGGCGCCUCGAACGCACGCGACGGUCGACGUCAACAGCCUGCAGCGGCUCGCACGGGUCGCCAUGCUGCACUUGGCGCCCCGCGUGCAGUACAAGAUCAUGCCGGUCCUCGACUAUAGCUCGUUUGUGGACGAACACGCUCAGGUCUACUCGACGGACCGCGACGCGAUGACGGGCAAGGCGAAAGGCGCCAACGGCUUUGAGAAGCUCCGGCUCAAGUUCCUCUCGACAGUCUUCAAGCGCCAGCCCAGCAACCAGAAUGGCCACAUGUACUAACGACGCGAUAUCGCGUAUACGACCAAGAAGAAGAAGAACGACGACGACGACAAAAUAUACCAGUAGAGAAUGAUACACGUCGGUCGUAGCAUCUGUAAUAGAGACGGUGUGGACGCGGCAGCAUCCUUGGAUCGAACAAGGGUGCGUAGCGUCCUUUGUGUGUGAGUGUUUUCACAA